UCGGAGUUCACACCGCAUCAGCCGAUCUGUCAAAAUUUAUCCAAACCAAGAAGCAAGAAAAAGUUUUGUUAAAUUUGUUUUUCACUCUAUUUUCCAUUAAACAUAACUAUAAAAAUUCCUUCUACAAAAAUUAUUAACUUUUAGAAAUUAAAAAAAAAAACCAAAACCAAAUAGCAAACUCUUUUGCUAGAUUACAAAAAAAAAAUGACUUCACGAAAAAGAAGUGGUUCGGGUUCAUCGAAACGCCCGAAAGAAAAAGUUGUUUACAUUUAUGAACUAUUUUUCCGUGGCGAAGACCCCACAGGAGAUAGUCCAGAAUUUUGGAAUGAAUUUUUUUUACUCCAACCGAAUGUCGAGUCAUUGGAAAAUGAAAUAACCAAACUCACCGGAGAACAGCUGCUUACAGUAAAAACGAAUAUAAAUUUGAUAUUUGAGAAAUGCAUAGAAAUUCUUGACUCAGGUCAUCCCAAAAGAUUGUGCAAUAGUCUCCAGACCCUUUGUUCCUUAUUUUAUUCGAUUUUCAAAAAAUCGACCAUUGACACAAGCUUCGAUGUUGUAGGAGAGGUAUUCCAAUAUGAUGAAAUGUAUCAAAAGAUGAAGAUUCUCUUAAAUCACUGCAACCAAAUUCUUUUGGGAGAUGUUGUUGAAAAUGCCCGUUUCAUGUGUCUUAAACUGCUCCUAGUGCUAGUAACUGGGACAGACAAUGUAAGUCAAAAUGUCAUUGUAGAAUAUCUGAUGCUCCACACUCUGUUCGAUUCCUUUGUAAGACUGCUAAGUGAUCCGACACUUCGCGCCCAACAUGGGCAUGACAUCGUUAUCCUUCUUACUAUUCUGGUUAACUACCGUAAACAUGAGGCAACGAAUCCUUAUAUCGUGCAAUUGUCGAUUUUGGCAGAUGAAUUGGCUUUGAACGGAUAUGGACAGAUGAUAUCGCAAUCGUUAAUUGAUUUCUGUCGUCAGUAUAUGCAGAGUCUGUCUAAUGUGCAAUCGUCGUCGUGGUUCUCUUCGCUGUCGAACAUUGUGGGAAACAUGUUUGUAUCGGACGAGGGAUGUGAACGUGUACAACAAAUCAAAGCUAACAAUGGACUAUUGCUGGCGCUUUAUGAAGCAGUUCAUUUGAAUAGGAAUUUCAUUACGACUUUGGCACAUACUCAAGCAGAAUCAAGUGCUCCUCCUUCGCCAAGCAACACAUUGAGCCUGACACAACCAGUUCCUGAUCUGGCCAAUGCUCCCAUAAUAGACAUUACACAGUAUCCAACCAAUUUACUGGUAGCAGUAUUUCAAUAUUGUUCCAUAGUAAUGCAAGAUAACAAAAACGAGUCCAGUGUGGCAAACCUAAAGUUGUGUUUCCUCAUUCUUACCUGCAUUUCUGAAGACCAAUACGCUAACUCCAUGAUGCACGACAACAAUCUUACAUUCAAAGUGAUGUUGCACCGUGCACAAAUGAGGCACCGCAAGCUGCACGUCGACCGCGUUGGCAAAUCUCAACCUCUUGCCGCCACUUUACUUGAUCUUCUUGUCGAGUUCAUCGUUUCCCAUUUGAUGAAGAAAUUCCCAAUGGAAUUGUAUUUACUAUGUAUUGGAAUCAUUCAACGUAUACUAUGUUAUCAAAAGCGUUGCAGAGUUCGUCUGAAUUAUCCAUGGAAGGAGCUUUGGUCAGCAUUAAUUGGACUACUGCGGUUUCUAGUCAAUCAAGAACAAAACUUGAUAAAAAAAUGCAACAUAUUCUAUCUAUCGUUGCAGGUGGUUAAUAUCUUCAAUUUGUUCAUCACAUAUGGUGACACUUUCUUAGCGACAACUAACAGCUACGAUGAACUUUAUUAUGAAUUAAAUCGCGAAGAAAAAGUUUUUUCCGAAAUUCAGGCUAUGGUCCUGCGUUACACAACAAUGCCUGAUUGCGAAUACAAAGAUGACGUCAUCAAACUUCUCAAUGCCUUAGUUAAUAUUUUAGCAAUUGUUAAGCAUUUUCAAUAUAAAAUCAAGGAAUGGCUUGCAGAGCAAGGUCUCUCAACACCAACCGAAGAGCAGAUUUUGGAUGUAGUUAGAAAGAACUACGAUUUGACUCUUAAACUACAGGACUCUCUAGAUCAUUAUGAACGGUAUUCAGAGGCGCCUAGACAUUCUGCAUUUUUCACAGCAAUGAUUCGAGAUGUUGUGAUUGAUACUAGGAAAAACAUUUAUGGAUAUGUGAAGGAAGCUGUGUCAGUGGUACCAGAACAGGAGUUAAUGGUAACAUCAACCUCACCAUAAACAACGAUUAAUAGAUUUUAAGUUCAAUUAAGUAAAAUUUCGUUUCUUUUCUUCUGCAAAACUACACAUCAUUAUUUUACGUAUAUCAAGCGAUGCUAUUGUUUCGCCUCUAUUUUAUUCCCUAAAAAAUAUAAAUAAAAUUAUAGGAAGUUUUUAAAUUUGUCAAAGAAUUUAUUAUACAAAUAUAUUAUGUAUUGCGAAUUAUAUUACAUAUUAUUAUGAUGACUUGAACUAUAUUAAAAAAUUAAACCUAUUUUUAUUAAUGCCAAU